GGCAGUCAAGUUACUGUUUAUGCUCUAGUUGAGUUGAUUGUGGAGCGUGCAGCUGAAUUUUGGGCAUCCCAACCAGCCUCAUCUAGUUGUAAAAUGAAACAACCUCUUCUAAUAGCAUGGGACCCCCCUCCACCUGAAUGGAUUAAGCUUAAUACAGAUGGGUCAGUGAUAGGGAAUCCGGGGUUAGGUGGCUGUGGAGGAGUUUUUCGAGAUUCGCAAGGUCAAUGGGUUCUUGGAUUUACUCGAAAUAUUGGAUUCACCACUGCACUUGCUGCUGAAUUAUGGGCCAUCAGAGAUGGACUCCAGUUGGCUUUCAAUUUGCACUUCAAUCAUAUUAUUAUUGAAACUGACUGUUAUGUUGCUUUCCAGUUAAUCUCUACUGCCCCUAAUCCUCACCACCCUCUCGGUACCCUUAUUCUUGAUUGCAGGGCCCUUCUAAACAAGAUUCCCUAUGCUCGUUUAAGGCAUAUUUUCAGGGAGAGUAAUAUGGUUGCUGAUACCAUGGCCAAGAGGGGUGCGCAGUCUUCAUCGAAUUUUACUAUUCUGUAUAACUGUCCUACAGAUGUCGAAUUGCUUUGUUUAGCUGAUGUUGUUGGGAUUGGCUACCCCAGAACCUGAUUUUGUGUGUUUAAUGAUAUUUCCUUUAUUACCAAAAAAAAAAAAAAAAGUUUCUGAGGGACUCUCAUCAAUAAAUUCAGUGGAGGGAU